AUGAAACACCAGGUACAAGCAGCUACAAUCUGUUGAGUGAAGCUCUUACUGCAGUCUAUCUUUGAAGAAAGAUUUGGCAAUUUGAUAAUUGGCAGUAGCUCCGCCUUAGAAAUUAAAUUACAUAAGGGCGAUAAAAUUAGGUAAUAAAUAAGGUUUUGAUGUAUAAAGACAGUUGAUCUUAAUCAUGACAUCUCGAUCUCUUUGACGUAUUUAUUAAUAUUUUGUUACAUAAUAAAUCAUGGAGGUGUUGAUUAAUAUUAGAUAAAGCAUAAUAGUAAAAUAGAAGCUUAGAAAAUUUAAAAAUUUGACCAAAAAGUUCAUAGAAUUAAACGAUUUUCCUAACAAGGUCGUUGAAGUUUGCUUCAUUUGAAGGGUUUAUGUACAUAGUAGCUCAAUGUUUUUUAUACAACCUAAUAUAAAAUGGCUGUUAAUAAGUAAACUUUCUACAAAGUUAUUGACCGGCAAGGCAAUAUCUAAUCACAAAUCUUUUCAGAUUUCUCUGGAUACUCCAUCUUCAUCUCAAGCUACAGACCCAUUGGAAGUUGCGUUUUGCGAUGGAGAUUCUAAUGCUACAACAUCAGAACAACCAUUUUCUUUGCCAUCUUUGCUGUUUCUAACUCUGGGAAGUCAUUAUCAACUCAUCGACUCAUUGGAAACCUUACGACCUGCUUUCAUCGUGUUAUAUCACACUGAACUUGGAGCUUUUAGGCUUAUUGAGGCAAGGUUUUUAUUAGAAAGACGUUUUUUGGUAAAAUACGAGAUAUUUUUGUCUAAUCUGGAAGGCUAAACUAAUAUCGUGCUUGUAAAAUUUUAGAAAAAUGUGAUGUCAAUAUCUUUUCAGUCUUACAAAGCCCAUCAUGCCGAUGUACCUCUCACAAUAUAUGCACUUACCUAUCCAAACUCGACCGAAGAAGAACGCUAUCUAUCAGCCAUGCAACAUGAACAACUCUCGAUGGAAACGCUGAUUAAAGAACUGGGAUCAUUGUUAAUCAACACAGAGUACGACAUUUCUCGAGAAACAUCGUCAGGGCUGAGAGAGAUCGCAUUGAGAAGAGACAGCAGACACAAAAACAAAAAAGAGGAGGAAGAUGAAGAGGGACUACAGCCUAUGGUAAGGUGGUGUUAUUGUAGUAUUAACGGAGUUUACUACGGAUUUCUACGGUUCUUGGUGGCUUUUAAAAUGAGGAAAGCUGAUAUUUUAGAGGUGUUUUAAAGAUUAUAUUAUGAUAGGCAUUUUAGACUUUUUUGGUUGGUUAUUAAUAUCCAGCUCUAAGGAGGAGAUUAGUUGUUUGGUUAUGUUGUUUUAGGAGGGGAUUGACGUCUUUACUUGUGUGAUAAUAUCGUUUUAGGUAGUGAUUGACGUCCGUGAGUUUCGUAGUGAACUCCCAAUUGUAUUAUAUCAGAAUGGAAUUGAUCUAUAUCCAUGUACUCUUGAGGUUGGUGAUUAUGUUCUGUCGCCGUCGAUUUGUGUCGAAAGAAAGGCACUAGAUGACUUGACACAAUCACUAAACAAUGGACGAAUCUUCAAACAAAUUGAACAGGUACAGUUUUAAUUAUUGUUUUUAUGUAUGGUUCAAGUUAUCGUUGUCCUUCUUGUAGCUGGUUUAUAUUAAAAAUGUUUUGUAGAUGAACAUGAACUACGACCGAAUAGUCCUUCUGAUCGAGUCGAGUGAGAAGUUCAGGAAGAAACGAGUGAAUGGAGGACCAUUCCAAGGAGAACUGUCUAAAAGAAGCUCUACUACUCGUAGUUUAUUGUGCCAGUUGAUUAGAGCUCAACCGAAGCUAACUUGCAUGUGGAGCUUGGGCCCUUCACAUUCGGCCGAAAUCUUUGAGGAAAUUAAGGUAAUCACUUGGAUAUUAUGAUACCCUCAUUAUUAUGGUUUUUUGUUCCAGUCCCUUGAGUGUCAUACUAAAAAGGUUUGACUGUAUGACAAUUUUGAAUCAAAUUUUAUUCAGUCAAUCACAAUAUCUUUUCAGUUAGACCAAGAAAACCCGGACCCAGAAGAAGCGAUGGCCAUAAAAACUGAUGAUUUCUCGAUUCUGGAAGAAACAGAAGACACAGAAUUGGCAGUAAAACAAGCCAAAUUCAAUCAAACAACCAGAAGAUCUCUUCAAACCCUACCUGACAUUAACUUGGCCGACUUGGACAAGUGUUUGCGGUCAAACAAGUUCAAGAAUGUCCAAGAAUUCUGUUGUGGAUCAGCCGAAGACUUUUUGAAAUCAGGAUUCUCGGAGAAGCAAGUCGACGAGUUUGUUCAAUUAUUCAAUACCGACUUCAGAUUAGUCGAAGGAUAA